UCGCUUUCUUUCUCUUCGACGCACGAAUAUAUAUUUAUCUCAUUUUAAGUGCAAACAUUUUUGAAGAUUUCAAGCAACGUGAACAAAAGCCUUAACGCUGAAAAUGAGCGUCAGUCUCGCGUGAGCAUGAAAAGGCGUCUUUAGGAACAGACUUAUUGAGAAGUUUGUCAAUCCUGUUACAGAUGAUUCAAAUUUUGUAACGCGUAAAGUUUAACAAACAUAAAAAACAUUUCGUGUUUUGACGGGAUAGUUGUGAGAUUAAUUAACUUUAGUAUAGUUUUAAUAUUAGAUCAAAUAUGGAAGAUCAUUGGAUAGAAUCGUUGAAAACGAAUUUCGUAAACACGGAUACGUUGACGCUCAAAGAAUUGUUACUGUCCAAAGUAGAAAAACUAGAUGAAAUUAGAAAAGAUCAAAAUCAACGAUUCAAUGAGGAUGAAACUAAGAUUAAGGAAUUAACAUCAAACUUGGCUGCUACGAAAGAAACACUGCAUAUGGAAAUUCAAACUUUAGAGAGCAAAAAUAAUAAGUUAUCAGAAGAGAAGAAUUAUUUAAACGAGCUGGAAGCAGAGAACAAGAAACUCUUACAAGAGAUCAAACAGUUGGAAGGGAAACGUACUAACUUGAAGUCUAUUAAACCAAAUUUGCAAGAUCAACAAUUGCUGGAGCAAGGAAGGAAAAAGUUGAACUUGUAUAAGGACUUAACAAGGAUACAAUGGGAUUUUGAAGCUAUAUAUUCAAAGCACACUAUUCAAGGCUAUGUUUCAAACAGACGCAACUAUAUUCACCACUUCUGUUAUGAUACUCAAGAGAUUGAUAAAAAGUUAACCGACUCACUAUGGCAUGAAAUAUAUUUGUCUACGAGCGAAGCUGAAGUCAGAGAUGAGAACCUUCCACCAAACUAGUAUAAAUAUUAUACCUAAAUGAGAUGAUACAAUUUUGAUACUUGAUUACUUUUAGAAAUAGAUAAUAUAUGAAGAUGUAUAUUGAUCUAUAUAGGAUAAGGUGGUACAAUUUCUUACAUAA